AUGGCCUCUAUGGAUGCAGUUCUAGGAGGGUAUGAAACCCGACAAGCCACACUUGAGGCAAGCAACAACCCUUUCUCUCAAGGAAUUGCCUGGGUCGAAGGCGACCUAUUUCCGCUGGGGGAGGCACGCAUUCCACUACUCGAUCAAGGUUUUCUACAUAGUGACCUUACAUAUGACGUUCCAGCUGUCUGGGAUGGACGUUUCUUCCGCCUCGACGAUCAUAUCGAUCGAUUGGAGGCAAGCUGCAAGAAAUUGCGUCUCCAGCUCCCUUUGUCGAAGCCAGAAAUUAAACGCACCUUGGUGGAUAUGGUGGCUAAAUCUGGCAUUCGCGAUGCCUAUGUGGAACUUAUCGUUACCCGGGGCCUCAAAUUUGUUCGCCAAGCCGACCCGAAAGAUAUCGUCAACAGAAUAUACAUGUUUGUGCAGCCUUACGUCUGGGCCAUGCCGCCUGUUUUGCAACGGACCGGUGGGAAAGCUAUUAUUGCGAGAACGGUCCGCCGUGUCCCUCCUGGAUCGAUGGAUCCGACGAUCAAAAAUCUGCAAUGGGGCGACUUGAUACGCGGACUGCUGGAGGCCGUCGAUCGGGGUGCUAACUAUCCUUUAUUAACGGACGGGGACGCAAACUUGACUGAAGGGCCGGGCUAUAAUAUCGUGCUUGUUAAAGAUGGUGCCUUAUAUACCCCUGAUCGAGGCGUGCUUGAGGGCGUUACUCGCAAAACUGUCCUAGAACUUGCACAAAAGAACGGCAUAAGUGCCCACGUUCAGGUUGUCCCGGUUGAGAUGGCCUUCCAAGCGGAUGAGAUAUUCAUUUGCACCACUGCCGGAGGAAUUAUGCCUAUUACAUCAAUUGAUGGUCAAAAUAUCAAACAGGGCGAAAUCGGGCCUGUCACUAAGCUAAUCUGGGAUGGAUAUUGGGACCUGCAUUAUAGCCCUUCCCACAGCUUUGCAAUCGCUUAUGGAGACAUGCAAGAGAGACUGUAA